UCUAGGAUGCGGAAAUUCUGGUUGUAAAUAAUAAGGAAAAAUGKCUGAACUUGCUCUUGUGGCAGUAGUAACAGUAGCCGCCAAAGUUGCAAGAGAAAGAAUAAGAAAACGAAUAGUUUCUAAUUUGAGGGAAAGUGACGUUACCGGGCAGCAUCUCAGACAGCUUUUGAUCACACCGGUCAAUGACAUCAGRCAGAAGCUUGAUGGUCUUGCCAGAGCUAGCCUGCUCACAAGUUUACAAUUAUAUGAAGAAGGAAUGAUUUUUCUCGACCAGUACAUAGAAAAUACCAUUCAAGAUUCAGAAUCUUCAACAAAGGAUCUUCACGAUAUCGAACAUCUCCAAACCACAUUUAAUUCACUGCCGGUUAAAGCCAACGCGAAAGGUAUUAAAUCUGGCAGUGCUAUGGUAGGUGCUCUAGAGGCCAAAAGAGAGGCGAGAGAGAAAUUCGGCAAGUCUAUUGAAAGUGCUCAAGAAGCCAUAAGUAAUGCUGCAUUAAAGUUAAAAGAUCGAAUUUUAGCUGCUAGGGUACGCAUGAUUGGAACCAUUYUCAAGUAYUUCGAUGACAGCCCCAUAGCCUUGAGGUUAUGUAAAAGCUACAUCAACCAGCUAAACGAAAUGCCUGAGGUGUUAAAAAAUGCAAAAGUGCAUUUUGCUAAUGGAUUUGUAGCAGCAAUGAGAAGGAAGCUGUCUAUUGAUGAGAGAAGUGAGCUAGUUUGGUCUGUGAUUUCAAUCAACAGAGUGUUAUGGGAUUAUGCUCAUGCCUGCAAUGCAGACAGUUCUUACUGCGAAGACUGGCCACUUCUUGAGAUUCGUGRAGAAAAGAAACUUCACCCACUUCACCCUAUCCUUGAUGUAGCCGUUCGAGAGAUGAAUAGUCAGCAGCUUAAGGAAGUCUCAACUAACCUGUCAAGCUCAGCUGAAAGUAUUGCGGUAGCUUCCAAUGGAUGCUUUGUUGUCGAUGACAAUAAAUGUAUAAAAGUCUUCAGUGCUGCUGGCUAUUAUAUGUUUGCUUGUCAGUUCGACACUGUAGAUGUAAUGAUGCAAGWUGCCCAAGAAGAGCAAAAGCCUUUCCCAUCUCAUGAUUCCAGUAACCUUUUCAAGCUGAGUUGUGUCGCAGUGAAUGAUGAUUUCACCAUUUUUGCACUAGGAUCUAGCCGGAGAAGAAGAGAAGAUCAUUCCAUACAAGCUGAGGUAUGCAUUUUCAGCUGUGAUGGAGACUUUGUCAAAUCCUUUGGCAAAGCGGUUUUUAGUGUUGAUUCUGUUCUUACUAGCAUGGCGAUAGAUUCCAGUAAUGGCCGUCUACUUAUUAGUGACGACCAUGCUCGCUGUAUCCAUACUUUCAAYCUCAAUGGGGAGUACCUGUCAAAGCUAUGUAACUGGGAAUAUCAUCAAGGCUACUCACACAUAGCUGUCAARCAMAAUGGAGRCAUUCUUGUUACGCAUUGGGAUCAUGUUAGGAUCUAUGACAGCGAGGGGAAUUUAAAGAUCRAAGCAYAUUAUSGAAUACCAUUAGGUGGGAUAGCAUAUGAUAGUGAUAGGCAAAAAGUCUAUGUGCUCUGUAAAGCAUUUAGAGUUAGAGACAGGUAUUUCAAGCCAAAAUUAGUGCAAGUUUGUGAUAACCAGUGGGACCGGCCGCAGCCACAAACGAUUCAACUACCAAGUUCCUACUCGUCAUCCGAAGGCAUUGCUGUCACACCAGCAGGUUUUGUUGCUGUUGUAAAUGUGAGCGGAAAUGAAGUAAUAGUGAUAUGAACUGUAAUAUUGCACAUUUAUCAAAUCUAUCUGGUAAGCCAUUCACGUUUUAGUUAGUAAUACAUAAUUAUAUAACUGAGAUAAAUGCACAAAACGUAGCUCAAUCCAUACUGACUGUGAACAGAGCCACUACAAUGUAAACAAAAUACUUAGUGGUGAGAGACCCAGUUUUAAAGUGCAAGUCUAUUUUCAAUUUGCGUGGGGCAUGGUUACCCGAUCCAGAGAUUCAUGUAUAAAACACUACACUAGGUAACAGCUAAAAAAGUAUCAAACUUUCAA